AUGGCUCUCAAUAGUUGGGGCAUUGGACCUCUGACGAACAGAACGUAAGUUCCAACCUCCGGCUGGGGUGUACCGGGCUGAUGACGGCUUAUAAGCCAGGAAUAGCCAUUCCGGUCUUCUUUUUUUGCCGGUAAUCUCAUUGCAACGACAACCUCCAGGGCUCUAGGUCAAAUCCCAAGGCAAAAACGAUCGACUACGUUCCAUAGAACGAUCGGCGAGCACCACUCACCGUAGGUCUCGGCAGUCACAAUUGUCGCAUUGACGGUCUAACGUAGAGCAGUCGAUCAAGUGAUUGUUUUGAAGAGUGACCUACCCAUUCUGGCCAGUGCAGCCAUCGAGAUCACGGCAACAUCCUCUGUCCGCCAGUUCUUGUAGCCGCGGUCAGCAUGUAUCUUUAUCUUGCCAACGACAUCUGAAGUUGUGGCAUUGACCCAGACGACAGAUCUUUGUAAUUUUCUCAAGGUUACAUGUACAUUUGCCCUUUACUAUUUCGUUUAUCAUCACAAAAGACAAUUUGUCCUUCCCGGGAGGCCGACUGCCAAGACGCUGACCAUUAGGGUGGUAGUGGCACUGACAGCUGUGAAGUGAAAACCCGUCCUGGGGUUUCGGAUUUUUUGGUAGGCCCGAGUUCUUGCACAGGACCUCGAGGAGAUAGCGGACAUUGGCGAAUACUGCCGUCUAGUUUUCUGUAACAGUCGGGAAAUUUUCGCACAUGCAGACAUCCAAAACGGAUGCUACGUCCCCACUCGCGUAGUCCAGCAUAUAUCUUAAUUGCCUCCACCAAUAGGACGGGGUUACGGAUCUUACUGACCGCCUCGGACGCCGUAGGGUGAUUUGGCCUGUCAGGUUUAUUUGUUAGGAACCUAAACAGCCGCUCAAAGUGGUCUGGCGGGUUUUCUCGUCGAAACUUCAGAACAUUUAUUCUGUCGCAUCGAUCCACUUUGCUCUGAUAGGUGUAGGGCACAGAAGAGCUCAGCAAAACCUUAGAAUGCGUGUAAUUGACUUUAGAGCGGUUUUCUUCGUAUUUGUUUAUCUAAAAGAUCUCAUCUAGCGUGAUUCUUCAUCAAGUUUCUACAGAGCGCCGUUCUUAAGCUGUAAAAUGCCAAGCGACGAUAAAUAAAUGAUUUCUUGGGGUUGGUGAAUGCAGACAGGCACAAAAUGACCUCUAAGCGUUUGGCAAAGAAACGUAAACGCAGAGCAGCGCCGGCUGGCAGACUUAGUUAAUAAUUACCUGCGGCCAUAUUGCCACGAUGCUGUAGCAAAAUUUCUUCACCCUAGAGGCGAUAUCACCGCUAGGCCGCGACACCUUAUUUGUCAGACUCUACAACCUGCUGCUUCGCAGCCAACCUUCGUUAACCGUGCCACUGCCCGCCGCCCGUGGACGCGCUGGGUAAUCAGUACCCAGAUCAAAAAGUAAAUGACAAAUCAAUGAGCGAAUUAGUACUUUCGGUUCUUUAUGCGAAGUCUCCUCAGGCAAAUUUGCGUCUCAGUACGAUAAAGAUUUUACUUCGCGCGCCCGUCAAACUUACCACACCACAAGUUCUUUUUCUGGUUUAUUAAUUUUUCGCUUUCUCAUAACAUAGGUCUGGGAAAGUAAAACAGCCUGAUUGGGUUGAUAUCGUCAAGUUGUCAAUCGCCAAUGAACAGGCUCCCUACGAUCCGGACUGGUUUUACGUCCGGUGUGCCGCUGUACUACGCCAUUUAUACUUGCGGCCUGCUGGCUUGGCAGGCCUGAGCAAGGCCUUCAGCCGACGAAAGAACAACGGGGUGCGUCCUUGCCACCGUGCUCGUGCCAGCACGGCAGUACUGCGCCGUUGUCUUCACCAAGUUGAGGCCAUGGGUCUCUGUAAGAAACGGGCUGACGGGUAUGUCUGCUAACCCUAAGACUCUCUUUGUCCAGAGCGCAGUUCCUUAAUUUAUUUUAUUGCAAAUUUAGUGGUCGCGAAAUAACCUCCGCCGGACGUCGCGAUAUGGACCGUAUUGCCUACGAGACCCACAAAGCCCUCAAAAGCCAGAAGUGA